CCCGGCUCGAUUCUGCUCGUCGUCCAUGACUUUAUCGCCCGCAGCCCAGAUGAGCUGAGUCUCGCCAAGGGCGACCGCAUCGAACUCAUCGAGCGCGACGACGACUUUGGCGAUGGUUGGUUUCUCGGUCGCCAUAUGACCACCGGUGCUACCGGCCUGUUUCCCGAAGUCUACACGACUCCUGCUCCCCGAGGUACUCUCUUAUCUACUCAGCAGAUGCCCGUCCGCCGCAGUGACGCCCCCCAGCCCAACAGGCCCCAGACUGCAACUUCGACCACCUCGACACAAUCCGCCAGUUCUUUACCAGCCCAGCGAUCGUCGCAACACAACUCAGUCAUGCACGAAACUCUCAGCGUCAUCGACGAGCACAUCACCGACAUGCGCACUCCGCGCGAGAAUGCCCUGACAAACAUACACAGCCAUGACACAGAAAGUAUCUACAGUUCACACCCCGCCCAUCGCCUGUCAUACAUCAACGGCCGCGAGACGGACGAUGAGGAAAAUCAGCUGCACACAGAAGCUGAAGUCAUGCUGUGGUCUCCUGAUCGUGUGGCCGAGUAUCUCGAGGAUCAUGGUGUCGAACGGACCCAUUGCGAUACGUUUCGCGAACAGGAGAUUUCUGGAGAAGUGCUUUUGACCAUGGAGCAGUCGGCCAUCUUUAUCAAAGAGUUCGAACUUGGUUCCGUGGGAAGGCGACUGAAAACGUGGCAGAAGGUCAAGGCUCUUCAGGACGAGAUACGCCAAAGCUCGACCAAUGUGCCCCGAAGUGUGUCGGAGUACUCUGCUGCCGGCGACGAUCUUCAGAGCGAAGCUGGAAGAAGACGGAGCCAGAGCGUGACAGCCUCGCCUUACAGACCCAUCAGCAGCAUAGCGACCCCAUCCAUGACCUUCCCCCGGCCAGAAAACGUACAGCGGCCCUCGGCUGCGUCGAUUCGCAACCUCAACCAUUCCCGCAGGCAUUCGUCAAUGGGCUCAAUCGACAGUAUGAACCGCUAUUCUCACCACAGACAAUCCUCGAUCGGUACCACUUCUGGUGCACCUGCCACUACUCGCCGUCUAUCCAUUGCCCACGAGCCACCGUCUGACCCCGCCAUCACUGUCCCGCAGAAUGACGGCGGCCUCGGUGAGUACGGCUUCGGUUCAAUCUCCUCUCCCCUUGAUCUGGAUCGCGGAUACUUCUCUGGAAACGAAGUUGACGCUCGCAACAAGCGCAACGUUCUGCAGAAGAAGUCGAUUUCGGGGCAUGCCAGGAAUGCUAGCGCUGCGACCGACUCUGCCCGUCACAGUGCCACGUACAAGAAUUUCCCUAGAAUGUCCAGUGUUGAGUCGAUGCGCGAUCCUGCCUCGCCCAUCAUGUCUCCUGCGUCCAGUCAAUUCUCCUUCAAUAAACCUGCAGCCAACCGCGCUGUCAGCAGCCCACACUCCGCUGUCAAGCCUUUGACCACCAUGCAACCACCUGUGUCGCCUAUCGUCACCCGCCUCGAUCAGCCUUUCGCUGACAGCGAUGCCUCCUCACUCAAUCCUUCGCCUUCUCCAGCCUCCAACGCUCGAUCCUUCUUCUCCAAGCCUCGCAUUGCAGGCGGCCUUCGCAUAGCUUCCGAUGCCGUGACUCAAAACGAGAAGAAGCAGAGCGCUUUGAAGCAUGAGCCUCUAGCUUCUCCUGCCCGCACCGGGUCUACCACUCCUUCGACUGAGACUCGUUCCUUCGAUCUGCAAAAGUCCGACAACCAAUCUCGAGUAUCGACUGGCUCUUCAGGCGCUCUUGCUCCCCCACCCACUUCUGCGCGUUCGAGGCCGAAAGUGAAGAGCAAGAAGUCCACUUCUGCGUACACUCGUGGUCUCGAGAAGAAGUCUCCAGCUGAACAAAUCGCCGACUGUGAUUACAGUGGCUGGAUGAAGAAGAAGUCUUCAAGCUUAGUAGGCUCAUGGAAACCUCGUCUGUUUGUGCUCCGCGGUCGUAGAUUGUCAUACUACUACUCCGAAAACGACACUGAAGAGAAGGGCUUGAUUGACAUCUCGUCACAUCGUGUCUUGCCCGCCGAGAAUGAAAAAAUGACAGGUCUACACGCUGCGCUAACAGGAGCCGGCUCUUCGCCAAUGGUUCCACAAGGAACUAUAGCGCCGUCGGCGGACGGACAAGGCCUCUUCAUUUUCAAGUUGGUCCCGCCACGCCAAGGACUAAGCAAAGCCGUCAACUUUACAAAACCGACCGUACAUUAUUUUGCCGUCAACAGUAGGCAAGAAGGUCGAUUGUGGAUGGCUGCGCUCAUGAAAGCCACGAUCGAUUACGAUGCUUCGAAUGCUAAGGUCACCACAAGCUAUAGCCAGAACACGAUAAGUCUUUCAAAAGCGCGCGCGCGUAAUGAACGCCCGCCUGCUUUACAAGAC